AUGGAUAAUAAUACUCGAAUUCUUAUUGCUUUUAGUAUUAAGUCAAAAACUUUAAAAAAAUAGAAUUGCAAACAGGAUUUUUAUUGUAGUGUUCAAGCGCUUGUUAAAAGUAGUCGAAAGCUAUAUCGUAGUUAUUAUUAUAGUAAUAAAUUGCUAAACUGUAACAAAUUAAAGGGUGUUAUGGAUUUAUUUAAUAAAGCUUAUGAGCACAUUUCUCAAAAACUUCUGAUACAAAUUCCUUCCUAAAAGGAUUAUACCUCAUAAAUGAAGAAAGUACAUAAUAUAAACAAUCUUCUAAUAAUCUACCAGAAAUUGAUUCAAUUAGAUUAUCAUGAUUUAAUUUUUAUUCAUCAAAAUCUUCUAUAGAAUAGUAUAAACUUGCAGACAAUUAGCAUAAAAUAUUUUCGAGCAACGAUAAAUUGGAAUUUUGCUAUUUUAAGGUAAGUUAAAGAUCGUAUAGUAGCUAUUCAGUGGUUUCCCUUUAAAAGACAUUAAAUAGAAAUCUCUCAUGAUUAGAAAGUAUACAUAUAAAUAACAAGAUAUCUUAAAUGUCUACUUUUCUUUAAUUAUCAUCCUUUUUUUUUAUGGAAAAUAUUUCAUAAUAUUCAUCUAAUAUUUUAUCUCUUAAGGUUCUUGCUUGUUAUAAAUUGCCUUAAGCCAUUAGAUUUAGCAAUAAAUAUCUUUUAUAAAGUGCCUAAUCAGAGUUAUCUAAAAUUUCUAUUGUCUAAAUUUAAUUUAAGAUGUCCAUACUCUCAUCUAUUUUUGAUUCAUAAUACAAAUCAGAAGCUUUCAAAAGCAAUUUAUGGUUGCUUGUUGCAACUUAAGUGUCUUCUAUAUUGUUCAUGUUUAUUUUUUACCAAUAAUUGA